GACUGGACACAUGGACCGGGGGGAGGAGCCGGGGCUGAGGCGGCGGAGGGGGGCACCCCGGGUGGGCGGAGGGGGAUCCCCACGGGGUCCGGGGCGGCGAGAGGACACCCCGACAGCCUCCGCAAUGUCCGGGGCCCAACUUCCAGCGCAACAUGUGUAGCGGCGUCCUCGCCUAGCCGGGUGGCCGCAACCUUGGGGGACAGACCGGGCAGGACGGGCCGGGAAGAGGGAGAGCCGCGCCGGCCGCCGCCGCCCCGGGCCUGCCCCCCGCGGCGCCCAGCCCUCCGCGGAUCUUCGGGUCGCUGGACUCCGGGUUCCGGUCUCAGCCCCCCAGCAUUCCCCACGACAGAUCAGGGUCAUGAAAAGAGGCCGCCCGGCGGGGCCCGCAGGCGAUGCGCGGAGCCGGUGGCCCCGGCGGCCCUCGGGGCCCCGCUAAGAUGCUGCUGCUGCUGGCGCUGGCCUGCGCCAGCCCGUUCCCGGAGGAGGCGCCGGGGCCGGGCGGGGCGGGCGGCGGGCCCGGCGGGGGCGCCGGCGGGGCGCGGCCGCUCAACGUGGCGCUGGUGUUCUCGGGGCCCGCGUACGCCCCGGAGGCCGCCCGCCUGGGCCCGUCCGUGGCGGCGGCCGUGCGCAGCCCGGGCCUGGACGUGCGGCCGGUGGCGCUGGUGCUCAACGGCUCGGACCCGCGCAGCCUCGUGCUGCAGCUCUGCGACCUGCUGUCGGGGCUGCGCGUGCACGGCGUGGUCUUCGAGGACGACUCCCGCGCGCCCGCCGUCGCGCCCAUCCUCGACUUCCUGUCGGCGCAGACCUCGCUGCCCAUCGUGGCCGUGCACGGCGGCGCGGCGCUCGUGCUCACGCCCAAGGAGAAGGGCUCCACCUUCCUGCAGCUGGGCUCCUCCACGGAGCAGCAGCUCCAGGUCAUCUUCGAGGUGCUGGAGGAGUACGACUGGACGUCCUUCGUCGCCGUGACCACGCGUGCCCCGGGCCACCGCGCCUUCCUGUCCUACAUCGAGGUGCUGACGGAUGGCAGCCUGGUGGGCUGGGAGCACCGCGGGGCGCUCACCCUGGACCCCGGGGCCGGCGAGGCCGUGCUGAGCGCCCAGCUCCGCAGCCUCAGCGCCCAGAUCCGCCUGCUCUUCUGUGCCCGCGAGGAGGCGGAGCCCGUGUUCCGGGCAGCGGAGGAGGCCGGCCUCACGGGGCCCGGCUACGUCUGGUUCAUCGUGGGGCCCCAGCUGGCCGGCGGCGGGGGCUCCGGCGGCCCCGGAGAGCCCCUCCUGCUGCCGGGAGGCACCCCGCUGCCCGCCGGGCUGUUUGCGGUGCGCUCCGCCGGCUGGAGGGAUGACCUGGCCCGGCGCGUGGCCGCUGGCGUGGCCGUGGUGGCCAGGGGGGCCCAGGCCCUGCUGCGCGACUACGGCUUCCUGCCCGAGCUGGGCCACGACUGUCGCGCCCAGAACCGCACCCAUCGAGGGGAGAGUCUGCAUAGGUACUUCAUGAACAUCACCUGGGACAACCGGGAUUACUCCUUCAACGAGGACGGCUUCCUGGUGAACCCCUCCCUGGUGGUCAUCUCCCUCACCAGGGACAGGACCUGGGAGGUGGUGGGCACCUGGGAGCAGCAGGCCCUGCGCCUCAAGUACCCGCUGUGGUCCCGCUACGGCCGCUUCCUGCAGCCGGUGGACGACACGCAGCACCUCACGGUGGCCACGCUGGAGGAGAGGCCCUUCGUCAUCGUCGAGCCCGCCGACCCCAUCAGCGGCACCUGCAUCCGGGACUCCGUGCCCUGCCGGAGCCAGCUCAACCGCACCCACAGCCCCCCGCCGGACGCCCCCCGCCCGGAGAAGCGGUGCUGCAAGGGCUUCUGCAUCGACAUUCUGAAGCGGCUGGCGCAGACCAUCGGCUUCAGCUACGACCUCUACCUGGUCACCAACGGCAAGCACGGGAAGAAGAUCGACGGCGUCUGGAACGGCAUGAUCGGCGAGGUGUUCUACCAGCGCGCCGACAUGGCCAUCGGCUCCCUCACCAUCAACGAGGAGCGCUCCGAGAUCGUGGACUUCUCCGUCCCCUUCGUGGAGACGGGCAUCAGCGUGAUGGUGGCGCGCAGCAACGGCACCGUGUCCCCCUCGGCCUUCCUCGAGCCCUACAGCCCGGCCGUGUGGGUGAUGAUGUUCGUCAUGUGCCUCACCGUGGUCGCUGUCACUGUUUUCAUCUUCGAGUACCUCAGUCCCGUCGGCUACAACCGCAGCCUGGCUACCGGCAAGCGCCCCGGUGGCUCCACCUUCACCAUUGGAAAGUCCAUCUGGCUGCUCUGGGCCCUGGUGUUCAAUAACUCGGUGCCCGUGGAGAACCCCCGGGGUACGACCAGCAAGAUCAUGGUGCUGGUGUGGGCCUUCUUCGCCGUCAUCUUCCUCGCCAGCUACACGGCGAACCUGGCCGCCUUCAUGAUCCAGGAGGAGUACGUGGACACCGUGUCUGGGCUCAGUGACCGGAAGUUCCAGCGGCCCCAGGAGCAGUACCCGCCCCUGAAGUUCGGGACGGUGCCCAAUGGGUCCACAGAGAAGAACAUCCGCAGCAACUACCCCGACAUGCACAGCUACAUGGUGCGCUACAACCAGCCGCGCGUGGAGGAGGCGCUCACGCACCUCAAGGCAGGGAAGCUGGACGCCUUCAUCUAUGACGCAGCUGUGCUCAACUACAUGGCCCGCAAGGACGAGGGCUGCAAGCUGGUCACCAUCGGCUCCGGCAAGGUCUUUGCCACCACGGGCUACGGCAUCGCCCUGCACAAGGGCUCCCGCUGGAAGCGGCCCAUCGACUUGGCGCUCCUGCAGUUCCUGGGGGACGAUGAGAUCGAGAUGCUGGAGCGGCUGUGGCUCUCCGGGAUCUGCCACAACGACAAGAUCGAGGUGAUGAGCAGCAAGCUGGACAUCGACAACAUGGCGGGCGUCUUCUACAUGCUGCUGGUGGCCAUGGGCCUGUCGCUGCUGGUCUUCGCCUGGGAGCACCUGGUGUACUGGCGCCUGCGGCACUGCCUGGGGCCCACCCAGCGCAUGGACUUCCUGCUGGCCUUCUCCAGGGGCAUGUACAGCUGCUGCAGCGCCGAGGCCGCCCCGCCGCCCGCCAAGCCGCCGCCGCCGCCGCAGCCGCUGCCCAGCCCGGCGUACCCCGCGCCGCGCCCCGCGCCCGGCCCCGCGCCCUUCCUGCCCCGGGAGCGCGCGGCGGUGGACCGCUGGCGGCGCGCCAAGGCCGCGGGGCCGCCGGGGGCCGCGGGGCUGGCGGACGGCUUCCACCGCUACUACGGCCCCAUCGAGCCGCAGGGCCUGGGCGCGGGCGAGGCGCGCGGGGCGGCGCGGGGCGCGGGGGGCCGCCCGCUGUCCCCGCCGGCCGCGCCGCCGCCGCAGAAGCCGCCGCCCUCCUACUUCGCCAUCGUGCGCGACAAGGAGCCGGCCGAGCCCCCCGCCGGCGCCUACCCCGGCUUCCCGUCGCCGCCCGGGCCGCCCGCGCCCGCCGCCGCCGCGGGGCCGCCGCUGUGCCGCCUGGCCUACGAGGACGAGAGCCCGCCGGCGCCCGCGCGCUGGCCGCGCUCCGACCCCGAGAGCCAGCCGCUGCUGGGCCCGGGCGCGGGGGCCGCGGGGGCCGCGGGGGGCCCGGGGGGCGCCGGGGCCCAGGCCGCGCCCCCGCCGCGCCGCGCCGCGCCGCCGCCCUGCCCGUACCUGGACCUGGAGCCGUCGCCGUCGGACUCGGAGGACUCGGAGAGCCUGGGCGGCGCGUCGCUGGGCGGCCUGGAGCCCUGGUGGUACGCCGACUUCCCCUACCCGUACGCCGAGCGCCUGGGGCCGCCGCCCGGCCGCUACUGGUCGGUGGACAAGCUGGGCGGCUGGCGCGCCGGCAGCUGGGACUACCUGCCCCCGCGCGGCGGCCCGGCCGCCUGGCACUGCCGCCACUGCGCCAGCCUGGAGCUGCUGCCGCCGCCGCGCCACCACAGCUGCUCGCACGACGGCCUGGACGGCGGCUGGUGGGCGCCGCCGCCCCCGCCCUGGGCCGCCGGGCCCCCGCCGCCGCCCCGCCGCCGGGCCCGCUGCGGGUGCCCCCGCGCGCACACGCACCGCCCGCGCGCCUCGCACCGCGCGCCCGCGCCCCCGGCCCCGCACCACCACCGGCACCGGCGCGCCGCCGCGGGGGGCUGGGACCUGCCGCCGCCCGCGCCCACCUCGCGCUCCCUGGAGGACCUCAGCUCGUGCCCCCGCGCCCCCGCGCGCCGCCUCACCGGGCCCUCCCGCCACGCGCGCCGCUGCCUGCACGCCGCGCACUGGGGGCCGCCGCCCGCCGCCGCGCCCCACCGGAGACACCGGGGCGGGGACCUGGGCACCCGCCGGGGCUCGGCGCACUUCUCCAGCCUCGAGUCCGAGGUAUGACGCGGCCCGCCCCGGGGGCCCGCCCGCCCCCUCGGUCAGCGCAGGCCACGGCCCGGGGGGGCGCGCGCAGCGGACGGGACCCGCGUGGGAUGGGAAGGAAAAGGUGGCACCGGCCGGACCCCGCCUGGAGCAGCGUCCUGUGCCCCUUUCGUUUUCUCGGGGCACCGUGAACCGGAGGGGAUGUGGUCCCCGGAGUCUCUCCCGCUGGAUGGGGAUUUGGUCCCCGGAAUCUCACGGGGCGGAGGUCUCGGAGCCCGCUGGACAUUUUUUAAAACCCGACAAGGGCUUUUUAACGUCACCACCAGAUGGGGCGGGAGGUGGGGGGGUCGCGCCGCGCCCGCGCCCCGCCCCCACGCCCGGGGCCGCGGCCCCCACAUCACUGUGCAGCUCCCCGGGCCCGGCCACGCCGCCUCCGGGGAGGCCCGUUUUUAACCUUCCAUCCACGGGGACUCAAAACUGUGAGACGCGCUCGCCAAACUGUGACCCUAGACCUGGGCCCCGCCAUACA